UUUCUUCUCUUUCCAAAUAUCUUAGCUUUUAUCGAAAUUUUAUUGCAUUUUUAUUUCUAAGUUAGCAGGGUUUCUUACCUUUUCUACCUUUGAUGUCUGAAAUUUGUUUGCAUUUUGAGAAGUAAAUCACUUACUAUUUAGGAAUUUUCUUGAUAGUAUCAUCUGGGUUUCAUUUGAAAUUGGAAAUUAUGUAAUGGGUAUAUUGUUUUUGGAAUGUUUGAGAAAUUGGGCAAUGUUAUAUUGACUUUUAGUACUUGGGAAUAAUUGGGUUUUUGUUAAUUUCUUGUUUUGAUGGGUGAAUUUGUGAUUGAGGUGGGAUUUAUAUUAUUUGGGUGUUUGUCAUGAGAGUUAUUUAUUUGGUUAGUUGAUUGACUAUUUGUGUUAAUUUAGCUGAAUUUUGAUGAUGAUGAUUAUGUUGGCUUUUGAGAACUGGUUUAUAGAUUAUGAACUGUGGCAUUUUUGGUGGUUUUAGGGUCUGAUUUUGGGAUGGGAUCAUCAUUAUCGAUUUCGGAACGUUGGAGUGCAGGUUGUUUACAUAAGCUGGAUUGUCAUUUGGUUUUCCCAAUUGAAGUCAUUGGUUCAUUGUAGGAAACCCUUGUAAUUCAAAUUAUAUGGCUGUAAAAGGAUCCUUCCCAAUUAAAGUGGAUAGCAAUGUACACGGAUUCGCCCGCGUGUUAAAAUCAGCUGCGUGCGAGUGGUUGUUGCUGUUUCUCUUGUUACUUGAUGCAGCAUUUUUGUAUUUCCUAAAAAAGUUUGCUCAAUAUUGUGAACUACAAUUGCCUUGCAUAUUGUGUUCCAGGCUUGAUCAUAUUUUAGGAAAAGAAAAUCCGGACUUUUAUGUAAAUCUGCUUUGUAAUAAUCAUAAGUCAGAAAUAUCAUCUUUGGUUUCUUGUCAUAACCAUGGUAAACUUGUUGAUGUUCAUGGAAUGUGUGAAGAAUGUCUGUUUUCGUUUGCAAAGAAUGACUCAAGGGAAGAAGCAUACAAAAUUUUGGUAGGUAAGUUGGGAUCAGAAUGUAUUCAGAAACCAUUAGUAAAUUUGGAUAUUAAUUCUGGUUCUUUGACCACAAAGUUCUGCUCAUGUUGUUCAAAGCCAUGGAGAUCUAGACCAAAUGUGCAGAAGAUGGUUCAGUCGAAAUUACCUUCAGCACUUGUUUCUAAUCCUGAGAUUCCUCCACCAAAAUCACCUGGACAUAGAUGCCUAAACAGUCAACAGGGCUUGAAGAAUAGAAGGGAUAGGUUUUCGUUGCCAACUAAGCCUCUUGUCCUAGGAAGUAAAGAUCAUGAUUCCUUGUCUCAUGUUGGGUAUACUGAAGUGAAGAUCAGUUCAGACUCUGACUCGGAUUUCCCAUUUUCUGAUGAUGAUGAUCUGAUCAAUGUGCCUCGGAACCGGAAAAUUAAUGAAUUUCUAUCACGACAGGGCUCCAAGUUUACUCCGAAGAGUCAGUAUGCUGAUGUUUUCCCAGCAGUGCAACGUCAGAAAUCAACUCCUGCCACUAGCAAUUUAAUGUUUUCACAUCUUGAGCCUGAAAAAGGUGAAACGACCACUCCGAGGUUUAUUUCUAAUGGUGAUUUAAGGAAGGGCCUUGGAGAGCUAAACUGGCAACAACUUAUAAAAAAAGCAAGUCCUUUAGCACCUGAGCUUGUGUCAUUGGAUGAUAUUCCUUUAUCAUCCAGUGCUCCAAAGGAUUUACCAGCUAUAUCAGCAGAUGAAGGUGACAGAGUUUCUCUCUCAAAUACGCUUGAUGCUUCUGGUUAUACAGAUUUUAUUUCUCACAAAACUGCUUUGUCAUCUGAAAAUGUGCAACUGCCAGCUAGAUUAUCAAAAGAGAAUUUACUUCCAGGUAUCGAAACUAAGGAAAUGGGUGACACGGGACUUACCUCUGCCAUCAACCAUUGGGAAUCUAUUGAUUUGAAUAGCACCUCAACUCUUUCGUCAAGGAAGGAUGCUGCAUUUGUGCCUAAUAACAAUUCUGUCAUUGGUGCAAGAGACCUUGCUCCUAUUAUUAUUAAGGACGUUAAAGCUUCAAACCUUUUAUCAGAAGAAAUUGGCAGUAGCACUUGUAAUGGUAAUGAAUCAGCUGAGAAACCAUCUGUUUCAAAAGUAUCAGACACCCAAACAGAUUCAUCAUCAAGCAAUAUAUGCCCUCCAGUGAAUGGUCACUUUGAUGAACCACGGAUGAUUCAAAAUCCUAGUUCCAAUGAUACUCUGAUGCCUCCAAAAUCUCCAGGUAUGGAGAGGUCUCAGUCCCUUGAAUCACUAGAAGAAAGUGUAAGUGAAAUUGAAGGUGAAAGUCUUGUUGACAAGUUGAGACGACAGGUUGAAUAUGAUAAGAAAUGCAUAAAAAAUUUGCACAAGGAGCUAGAUGAAGAGAGAAAUGCAUCUGCAAUUGCUGCGAAUCAAGCUAUGGCUAUGAUAACUAAGUUGCAAGAGGAGAAGGCUGCUCUUAACAUGGAGGCUCUUCAAUAUCUGAGGAUGAUGGAAGAGCAAGCAGAGUAUGAUGUGGAUGCACUGGAAAAGGCUAAUGAAAUGAUUGCUGAAAAGGAGAAAGAAAUACAAGAAUUGGAGGCAGAGCUUGACUAUUUUAGAAUAAAGUAUCCAGAAGAUUUUCCUGAAAUGAUUUAGGAAAUUUUGUUUGCAGAGGAUGCACAAGGCUCCUACUUUGAAAGCACUGAAGUUAAGAGUUCGUAGAAUUGAAGAUAUUAUCACACUGCACAUCCUUAUAUGUCGUACAAUAUCUGGAACCCUGCUGGAUUCGUGCUGGAAACAGGUGGACAAAGAAAUUGAAAGCAUCAGCUUGUUGGGAGUGAUUUUGAGGAGAGGCCAUGCUUACUUUCAGCAGCUGCUUAGAUGCUGAGAUGAUUGCGUAAAGAAAGUUCUCAUUAAGGUAUCAGCUCAAUACUUUGAUGAAAAUGAUCAACAAAGUCUGCCAAAACCUGUGCUAGUCUUUUGCAUCCUCAUUUUUUGUCUGAGGUGUGUAUACAUUCGAUUAAUGUCAUUGAAGCAGCAGCAGCGGCAUAUCUUGUGGAUAUUCUCAGAACAGAAUUAUCAGACUGUAUACUAGUGUGCAUCUCUUUGAUAUGUUUUCAAUUGUUUUGAGGCUGAAUCCAAUCGGCCAACAUGCACCUGAUUGUAUCUGCCUAUGUAAAUUUUGACCCCAUUGAUUUGGUUUUCUUGUAAUCCUCACAGCUUAGGAAUACCAUUUUUUUCCCAGCUACAAAGUAUACUUGGUGUCUUACUUAGCUAAUAGUGUCAUGCUAUGCAUAUAUCGUCAUGACUUGCAUUUUUCUUUUGCUACUAAAUUACUGUAAUCAAAGUUGUGUCACAAAAUACGGUAAUAAGGGGCAAAGCAGUGGUUGUUUCAGAACAGCACAAAGUUGCAGGUCAUGUAGUAUGGAGACAUAAUAUACUAGGAAACUUUGGUGCUUCGGAUAUUGUGCUCCAUCAUUUUUAUUUUUCCAUUUCUUACUUCUCGAUGUUCUCG